ACACUCAAUUACAUAAUCACACUACAUUAUCCACUAUGACAAAUCAUCAUAAUCUCAUCUUAGCUUGAUCUCAAUUGAACCAAUAGUCACAACUCACAACAAUGCUUUCUUUUGUAGUGAAUUUGGAAUUUUCUUCUUCUUUUUUACAUAGAAAAUUAAUUAAUUGGAAUGAAUGGGUACUCUGGUAAAUCCAUUCAAAGCAGAGAGAGAUCCAUCGGCACUCUCCUUUCUCGCUGAGCGAGGGAAAGGAAAGAAAACGAGAGAAAGAAAGGACGGUCUUUAUAAAAAACGGUUUCCCUUCUUCUUUCCUCCCUUUCUAUGUCUCGAGAAACCUCCCUCUCCCCGGUGGUUCUUCAGAAAUCUUGAACAGGGAGCUUCCCCUUUUUCUUCUUGUUCAGUACCUUCCUCUCUGCUUCGCAACUGAAUCUCUCCCACCUCAGGUAACUAACUCUCUAAUCCUCUUGAUCUCCAUUUGUUCGCACCUUCCCCUGCUUCUAAUUCCGCGCAUUGAAUCAUUCCUUUCUGUCAAUUACCUUAGAUCUCUUGCUUAGAGCCAAGGCCGCCGCUCUUUUUUCUUACCCUCUGUUGUGAUUCUUCCAGUCGUUUCACGAUCUGGGUCUCCCAGAUCUGACGCGCAUCGCAUUGAAAUCGAGGAAAAGAUGGAUUCUUUCGUUCGUUUGAAGAUCUGGGGUUUCGCCCUUUUGCUGAUUCUGCAAUCGGGAGAUGGGUUUUAUCUCCCCGGAAGCUACCCUCACAAGUACGGUAUCGGCGACACUUUGUCGGUGAAAGUGAACUCCAUCACUUCAAUUGAAACCGAGAUGCCAUUCAGCUACUACAGCUUGCCCUUCUGCAGGCCCACGGAGGGGGUCAAGGAUAGCGCUGAGAAUCUCGGGGAGAUUCUUAUGGGCGAUAGAAUCGAGAACUCGCCCUACAAGUUCAAGAUGUACACCAACGAGACCGAGAUCUUCCUCUGUCAAACGAAGCCCUUGUCGGCCGACGACUUCAAGCUUAUGAAGAAGAGGAUCGACGAGAUGUACCAGGUGAAUUUGAUCCUUGAUAAUUUGCCUGCGAUUAGGUAUACUAAGAGGGAAUCGUUUAUGGUGAGGUGGACUGGCUACCCUCUCGGGAUCAAAGUUCAGGAUGCUUAUUACCUCUUCAACCAUUUGAAGUUCACUGUUCUUGUUCAUAAGUAUGAGGAAGCCAACAUGGCUCGUGUGAUGGGAACUGGGGAUGCAGCUGAGAUGAUUCCCACUGGGGGAACGCCGGGAUCAGAGACCCCAGGUUAUAUGGUUGUAGGGUUUGAGGUUGUUCCAUGCAACUUUGUCCACAAUGCUAAGUCCUUGAAGGAUGUGAAGAUGUAUGGCAAAUACAAGUCUCCGAUCAAGUGUGAUCCUACAACGGUAGCCCUCCCGAUCAAGGAGAACGAACCGAUUGUUUUCACCUACGAGGUUACAUUCCAGGAGAGCGAUAUCAAAUGGCCUUCGAGAUGGGAUGCUUAUCUGAAAAUGGAAGGUUCAAAGGUCCAUUGGUUCUCAAUCAUGAAUUCUAUGAUGGUGAUCACUUUCCUUGCUGGUAUAGUCCUGGUCAUCUUCUUGAGAACUGUGAGGCGUGAUCUAACACGUUAUGAGGAGCUUGACAAGGAAGCUCAAGCUCAAAUGAAUGAGGAGCUAUCUGGGUGGAAACUGGUCGUGGGUGAUGUUUUCCGUGCCCCAACAAACUCGGCCCUAUUAUGUGUUAUGGUGGGCAAUGGAGUUCAGAUCCUGGGAAUGGCGGUUGCCACUGUCUUGUUUGCUGCUCUAGGAUUCAUGUCACCAGCUUCUCGGGGUACCCUCCUAACCGGUAUGCUAGUCUUCUUCAUGAUCCUUGGAAUUGCAGCAGGAUAUGCAGCUGUUCGGCUGUGGAGAACAAUGGGAUGUGGAGAUGGAAAAGGAUGGGCUUCCGUGUCAUGGAAAGUCUCCUGCUUUUUCCCGGGGAUUGCUUUCGUGAUCCUAACCACUCUAAACUUCCUUCUGUGGGGUAGUCAUAGUACUGGUGCAAUCCCAUUCUCUCUCUUCGUCGUCCUAAUCCUUCUCUGGUUCUGCAUCUCUGUUCCACUAACCCUGAUUGGAGGAUACUUUGGAGCAAGGGCGCCCCACAUCGAGUACCCAGUUCGCACCAACCAGAUCCCAAGAGAAAUCCCAGCUCAAAAGUAUCCAUCUUGGCUCCUAGUCCUCGGAGCUGGAACCCUACCUUUCGGCACCCUCUUCAUCGAGCUCUUCUUCAUCAUGUCAAGCAUCUGGAUGGGCAGAGUCUACUAUGUGUUCGGAUUCCUCUUGAUCGUGUUCAUCCUUCUGGUUGUGGUUUGUGCCGAGGUCUCACUUGUCUUGACCUACAUGCAUCUGUGCGUGGAGGACUGGAAGUGGUGGUGGAAAUCUUUCUUUGCCUCUGGUUCGGUCGCCAUCUACAUAUUCUUGUACUCCAUAAACUACCUGAUAUUCGACCUGAAGAGCUUGAGCGGGCCAGUUUCUGCAACCCUUUACCUGGGCUACUCAUUACUGAUGGUUCUAGCAAUCAUGUUGGCUACUGGCACAGUCGGGUUCCUUUCGUCCUUCUGGUUCGUGCAUUACUUGUUCUCGUCAGUUAAGUUGGAUUGAUCAGCCUCCUGUGCAGCAAUGGUUUCAUCAUUGUACCAGCAGCUCUUUACAACAGUAGUAGUUUACAGCGGUUUCUUAUCUCUUUGUUGACCUUUUGUCAUUUAAGUUGUCUUUCACUUUCUUUGCUUUUGGUAGGAAAGAGGAAUUACCAAUGUAGUAGGAAUAAGUUUCCCGUAAGUCUUUUUUCUGUUUUGGUUUGUCCAUAGAUGGCAACCCUCAUGGCUUGUUAUAGAGUUUUCUUCAUACCCAGAAAGUUCAUUUGCAUGUUUUGAUCAUGGUUUGUGUACAAUAUCGACGGUCCGACCAGAAACAUAAUCUACUAGAGUUGUAUGGUAUACAUAUCGGAGAAGUUUGUAAGGAUCGGUACAAUGCGAUCAAACCUCCACCCACUGUAUAUCGGUUCGUUAUUGGUUAGUAUUAUGUCGCGAUUUUGGUUAGUAUUAUGUCGAAACGACGAUCAUAUUGUUAGAUACCAUUCUAAUAAUUUGUACGAUUUUAUCGUUUUUGUGGUACGAUUUUGCAAAUCAUGCAUUUGAUCAGUCCCGAACACGAAUCCUACAGUGUAUGAACUUGCAGAUUAGGAUAACGAUUUCGUAGGUAGAUUAAACGCAAAGAUUGUGG